UUCACAGUCAGGAUCCCGACGUCCUAGCCCAACAGCUCACCAUUUUUUAGAAAGUUUCUCCAUAUCAACAACCACGGUGAUACAAAAAACGUCAACAUGAAGGUGAUGAUUGGCAUUGUCAAAAGUCUAGAGCGAUCAAGAUCGCAAAGAAAGAAAGCUCUCCUUCUGAAACACAAGCAUAAGCUGAAGUCGCUGUCUCGGAAUUGUAAUCUACUAUCACUUGAAACUCUGUCUGUGAGAGACUGUGGUUCCAUCGACAAGAUUCGAAUCAAAAGCACUGCUAGCAUAUCUUUAGAAAACAUCCCAAUACCUUCCUCUCUGCCCCCAGCAUACGAUGAAUGCAUUCGAGUCCAACCGCCGACUAUGACCGGGUGCUCCAGAGUAAGUGACUACGCAGAAGAGAAGAUCCCGCCAACGACGGCACCUGAAGUCUGCAACGAAAUCACACGUGGAAGAACAUCGCAGGUGGUGUACCGAUCCCAACUUAGUGGCUUAGCAAAACGAAAGUCGAUCAGACGGCCAUCUCCACCUCGCAAUGGAACAAAAUUGCCUCUGGAGUUUGGUACUGUCGAUGGACCCGUAGCUUUGAGGGUUCAAUGUUGUGUACAGUCGUGGUGGAAAAGUCUCGCUAUAGUUCAAAUGAUUGGGUUGCUUGUCGUCUUGAUGUCAUGUUUUCUUUUAGUAUUGGGAUAUUAAGUGACUUACAGCGGGCUGUGAGUCUCACAUAAUAUGGCCCUGGAAUUUUUGAUUCAGUUCGUUUUUGGCUUCAGGUUUGUCACCCAGAUCGUGUUUUCAUUCAUAUUUUUUUAUAAAUUCAAAUUAUAUUAUAAUGCAUGGUUAAUUAGAGUGGCUUUCUCAAGAUACGAAUUCCGUCAUUGUAUCAGCUGAUCGCCAAAUGUUGCAUAUGACGUGGUUCGCAACAUUCUGCUGUCCCCACAAUUACACUGAAGUUGUAUCAAUUUGGAGCGAUUGAUACUACAAACUAUUAAACUGGCUAUGAUCCAAUUUGAAAACCUGGUAGCACUACUAUCAUCUACAAAGUGGGACUUUGAAGAGCGAGGAUUAUGACCAUAGUUUGACUAUCUCCAAACUUAUCAACGCGCAG